UUGGCCUUAAUGAGUCGAUGAUAAGACAUUGGAAACAGAAGUGUGAGGAACUGACUCAGUGCAAAAAGACAACAAAAGCUUUCAGAGGGAAAGAAAAGCAGAUGGCCCGAACUAGAAAAUGAGCUUGAAGACUGGGUCAACACACAGAGAGCAGGCGGCCGAGGUGUUUCAACUGUGCAGAUCCGACUGAAAGCCAAAACAAUCGCCACCGCAAUGAAGUUUGAGGAUUUUAGAGGUGGAUUUUCAAUUCUGAGGCUAUUCAACUCCGACACCGAAGGAGAUGACUACAGUGGUUUCAGUGCACAGGAGGAGGAAGAUGACUUUCUUGAUAGGCUACUGCUUACUGCUUAUUUUUUUCAUUUUUCUUACAAACCGUUUCGUUAAAGCCUAUCUAUUUUUGUAACAAGCCGUGUUUCGUUUUAAAGGCUGUGUAAAGUUCAUUUGUUUCAAUGUACCGGUAGGCACCUGUGGCUUAUAGACAUGUGCGGCUUAUUUAUGUACAAAAUACUUUUAUAUUUUUUUAAUUCAGUGUACAGAAUCUAAAACAGGCUCUAAGAGAAGGACAAGUCAUCAGGACGGUCUUUACAGCAUAGUUAGUAUCCCCUUACACUUGUGUCUAUAAGGUAGUAGUUUUGGAAUUGUUAGUUAGAUUACUUGUUGGUUAUCACUGCAUUGUCGGAACUAGAAGCACAAGCAUUUCGAUACACUCGCAUUAACAUCUGCUAACCAUGUGUAUGUGACUAAUAAAAUUUGAUUUGAUAUGGUUAAACACAGUUUUUCAGCUGGAAUGCAGUCGUUGUGACAAACAGUGCUUGUCCGAGAUUACUUGGGAGUAGAGAGAAAUGGGUACCCGGGGUUGUGAAACGGGUACUUGGUCCUGUAACCUACUUUAGUGCAGACUGAGGGGAAAUUGUGUAAGACGUAUGUGGGUCAAAUGAUGAUGCAACACAAUGAAAGAGAAGACCUGAAUGUGUCCGAGUGGAACGUUUCUGAUUGGGACUUGGGAACUACGACUGUGACAGGCACACAUACAGAGACACCGAUUGUGUGAGGCCGUGAGCCUGAGGGCCCAGAGCAUCGAGAGGCCAAAAAGGCCUCCGGACCAAUUGGAUCUGUAAAUAGGUUGUAUAUGAGUUGAUAAGUGAAACUGUUUUAGAAAACCCAUGAUGUUCAUCAAGGAUGUUUUCAGAAGAAGUGAGAAUUUGUGAAGUGUGGUGUAAUUGAGAAAUGUGUUCAUGAGUUUAGAGGAAUGCCCGAAACGUUGGUAAAUAUCUAUUAAAUUGCUGGGAAAUGACACGUGGAGUGGUGCGAAUUUCUUUAUUUUGAUAGCUUUAUGAGUUUAGAUGUAAAAAUGGUUGCAAAUAGUCAAUGGGAUUUGUAUGCAAGGGUUGAGUUAUUUGAAUGAACAAAUGUUAAUGCGGUUUCCGGUCUUGCAUUGAAAAUGAAAGGAGAUGAAAGGGCGGUAACAAUUCAAUGAUGUAUUGGAGAGUUGGGCUGAAGACACUGUAGAGAGUAGUCGACUAAUGUGUUAAGGAGAACAUUAAGUAAAUCUGUUCCAUUUAUUAUAAGUACGCUUCGGAGUCUUCAGUAAAAGAACCCAGCAUUUUAGGAUGCAACAGUAUCGUCCAUCAGCCUAGUGAAGCGAGUCACACCCUGAGUCGGAGGCGUGCCAGAGAGGACAGGAGAACUGAAAGUAAUAGCUGUCACGUUAAUUUAUAUGGUUCCCAUGACUUGCUAUCAGCAGAAGUGCCUGUGAGUCCUGUGCGUCUGGAAAGAUGGAUAUGUUUAAAACUGUUCUUAAAAUUGUUCAGAAACAGCAGAAUAGUCUCGGGUUAGUUGCGUUGUUAACUGCAGGCGGGGAACAGAUAUUCUCGUCAGUGGUGUUCAAAUGUCCUUGCAGUGGCUGGAACUUUUCCUACGGCAUGGUGUUUCUCUUAGUGCCUGCUCUGGCACUGUUGGUGUUAGGUUACGACAUGAGCAAUAAAACAUGGAAAUUGUUUACAGGUUUUUGUUUACGCAAAUCCAAAUUAUGUCGUUUUAAAUAUUUUUGCGCCUGUGGGGUGGUCUUCUUUCAGAUCACCACAACCGCAGUUGUUGCACCUGUGAGUUAGAUUGCAGUCGCUUUGCUCAAUGGCAUUGACUGGUAUCAAUGUAACUGUUUUCACCAACCACCUUUGCGAUGGGAAGAGUCCGCAGUGCCAGGAUGAACUUCCCCUGUAGGAGUGCCACCCACGUGCCACAAUCUGACAGCAAUGAUGUGCUGGCAACCCUCCACGCUGAGUCGCAGGUCCUGGGUUGGCUACUGAUCGCCUCCAUAAUGGUCUUCAACCUCCUGCUGACCUGUGUUGCCCGGUGUAACUCCCCAGUCAGCUACCUGCAGCUGAAGUUCUGGAGGGUCUAUGCCCAGCGGGAGAGCGACGUGCUGGAAAGCAACAUGGCAGAUCAUGCCGAAAAGCUUGCAGAGAGGAACCUGAAGAGCUUCUUCCAGCAGAUUCCUCCAGAGCCUGUCACGACCCCACCUAACCAGGCCUGGGAGAAGAUCUCGUCCCUCUACAGGUUCAGCACCAGAGACCACUACUACAGCAUCCUGCACAAGUACGUGGAGAAGUGCCAGGACCCUGCAGAGGCCAGGGACCACAGGAUGUCAUCUGUCAGGUCAGACGGUCCAGACACUGCUAAUCCGUCUGUGCUCACCUUUGUGGAUGAGGGCAAGAUGAUGCUGUGAAUGGGCAUGCAUAUGAUCAUAGGAACAGCGGCGACAGCAUCACUAUCAUGACCUUAUCUGUAACCAUCCUCAUUACUUUUUUGCGUCAAAGUUAUGACUCAUUAUAGAGGAUUGUUGUCAAUGAUUAUACUCUUCGUCAUCAUCAUGAUUAUCGCUGUGCGUCAGGGGAUUUUUCAGUAGAAAAACCAAUCACAUCUGAUUAACCACUUUCAGGUCUUUGCUUCAAUAACAAUGCUUCCCAAUUUUAUAUUGUGCUCAGAAGGGAUUUUUAUUUAUUUUUAAAUAGUUGAUCGUACUUUCUCUUUUACUUUUCUGUUUAGUAUUUUAUGUUCAUCAGACUUGGCCUACAUACAGGUGGUCUGUGUCAUUAAACAGGAAACGCAUGGUCUGGUUCUAAUUAAAUAAGGAGCAAGUUUGUGCACUGCAAAAUACUUUCAAUAAAAGCCUUUUACCAGUGUA